CGGCUGCUGUGCUGGUGAGGGAGUCUGCCGAGCGGGAGGCUGCGUGGGCGGAGGGCACAGGAGCUCCGGGCAAACGGCCACUCGUCGGUCAACUAUUGCUCCGUAGAGGGCACCGCCAGCCUCGGGCAUCGAUUUUCUCCGGCCUCCUGUUUGCCUUGGCGUGGACGCCGGCCGGAGGGUCGGGCGGGCGACAUGUGCUAUCGAUCAGCUGGCACGAUGCGGCCGGCUGCAGCUCGGCUUCAGUGCGGCGUGCACGGCAGCGGCCGGUGGCCGUGUGCGGACGGUCGUCGUCACGCUGCGCCUCGGCUGUGACCUUAGUUUUUCCGGCGGCGCGCGGACAAAGGCCGGCUGACUGGGCUGACUGCGGCGUGCCUUUGUCGGUGAAUAUCAGCUGAGCGGGAGCUCCGGCGUCAGUUCGCCGCGCGGACUGGUAGAGUGAAGACGUCUACAGUGGAUUUUUCGUCUUCCAAAUCAACUGCGACAACGUGUAGCGAUUCGACAAAAUAGAUAAAUGGUUAUAUUUUGUGCCUUAUCUCGCUUUCGACCGACGUGAGGUGUAAAUUAGUUAGUCGGCAUGAGUGGCGGCGAGUCUGCCGUCCUGAGGUCAGCCAAGCCGCAUGUCGGCAAAGAGAACUCGAUGCUUCCGCCGCUGACAUCGCCCAGCCGCGUCCUCUCCCUGUCCAGGGGGCAGAAGUUCGCCAGCCCGAAAGCCGGCCCCGUCCGCCGUCCAAACUCGGAACAGGAUGCAAAGGUCCACAGAGCUACUUCACCGAUAACAAAUGCGUCGCCCGAGAAAACGGCUCCAAAUCAACAGCGGAGGAUACAACAACUAGAAAAGUCCAUCCUUUUUAUGCGAGAACAUCAUGAGAAAAUUGUGUCGGCAUUGCAUGAAGAAAUUGAAGAGUUAAAACGAAAAAAUAAAGAGCUGAAUUACAGACUGGUGAUGUCGCCUGCCAGCCUGCCGGCGCACCUACUCAGCCCUGAGGAGGACCAGCCGCCGGCGUCCUCUCCGCGUCACCAGCCGAGCCGGGCGCCCUCCGCCGCCGGCUCCGGCCACCCCGUCCAGCUGGAGCUGCUGGAGGGCGAACUGAACGAGCUGCGGGAGACGCUGAGGGUCGAGAGGGAGCGUGGCGACCGGCUGGCAGCGCACCUCAGACAGGCCGAGGCUGCUGGGAGAGAGGUCCCGUCGUCUCCAGCGUCGUCACCAGCAGACGUGACGGCGCUGGAGCAGCGUCUGACCGCUGCCGAGGACACCAUCCGCCAGCUGAGGAAGGAGAGGGACGACUGCCAGCGCGAGAUCCAGAGGAUGCGCGGCAGCGUGCAGUUCCGGCCUCCGUGGAGAGCAGGCGGCCAGCCGGUCCGCCCGCCGCCGCCGCCACAGACCAGCCGGUCAACGACCAAGGCGGCAGGCGCAGCGGCGGCGCAACAGCAGCUGCCGAGACUGCCGGCGGCCAACGGCAACGGAACGGCAAGGCAGGACGCGGCUCGAAGCAGCACCGCUCCCGGCCGGGCCGCCGACUCCCGCACGCCGUCCCAGGGCUCCCUACCGGCCCUGCCGCGCAGCCGGGGCCGUCAGAACCAGCCGCCGCCGCCGCCGCCACCCAGACACGGCAAACCGUCGCAGUGACGCCGACGGCGCCGUGUAUUUUGUACCGAUUCCGCUGUCCGCCGCGCCAUCCGCAGUGGCGGGCCGGCCCGUCCGCCAGCCGCGCGCGUGAUGAGGUGCCACGACAGUGCUCUCUGCCAAAUACGGCUGAUGGGGUGCGUGUACGGUCCACGCACACAAUAACAGACGCGCCGGUGGUCACAUGUAUGAACGCUACACAACACCGAAACAGAGAGUGGUCUAAUGCUAUAAACGCGUCCAUGAAUUACAAAAUAAACCUAAACUGAUCGAA